CCAGGGGACCUUCCAGCCUCAUUUUGAAACCGAUCCCUUUUCAAGCGCCAAAGCACGCGCACACGCCAUGGCUUUAGCUCCCCAGCACGCUUCCACGGCGUGCGAGCCACCAACGGAGGCUCUUCGAUCUGAGGAGAAUCGGCCGGACCUCACGAGAGAGUCCUCGGAGCGCCCCGUGGAGGUGGACGCCGAGUGUCUCGCCGACAGGAUCCGUGCCAUCUUCGAUCGCUUUGACAAGGGUGGCACCGGCACCUUGGACAGACUCGAGCUGCACCAAGCGUUCAAGACGUUGAUCCCAGCCUUCACCGCGAAGCAAAUCACUGACUAUUACAAGGAGUUGGUGAAAGGCAACGAUGGGGCGGCCGUGUCACGAGAAGAGUUCUGCGAGUGGAUCCUCAAAGGGGGUGGCAUCGCUGAGACCGUGUUCAAGGCUCUCAUGAAGGAAACCAGCGACGUGCUCGCCACCAGUGUGAGAGAGGUGUUCGCGCGGUUCGACGUCAGUGGAGAUGGGAAGCUGGACAUGAGGGAGCUAUGGAGGGUCUUCAAGAGCUUGGACGGACGCCUCCGGCUCCGAGACCUGGCGGCUCUCAGCCAGGAACUGGACACUGGAGGUGAUGGCACUGUCUCCGUGAGGGAGUUUCUCCAGUGGCUGCGGCACGGCUCCGAACGCGCGUCGGCCCUGGCACGUGUGAUUGUCAAAGAAACAGGGAAAGCGCGUGAAGUCCGAAUCCGCAAUGCCUUCCAGAAAUACGACGCCACGGGAGAUGGGGUCUUAGAUAUCGAAGAGUUGGCCACCACGCUCAAGGUCUUGGGGAGCUUUUCCUCCGAUGAGAUCAAGCAUGUCCGCGCCGACCUGGACCGCAGUGGCGAUGGUAGCGUGAGCUUUGACGAGCCACUGGGACGAAGACGAAGGACAGUUCGGUGGAGGUUCUCCACGUGGAUCAAGUGCGGGAAGGGCCGUCGCGAGGUGCUGAAGGCCAAAGCAAUCUUGGCACCCUCAGAUGGCGAUGGGAUGGAGGCUGUCUUCUACAACUUCUGUGGUCCUGGCCAUGCAGACAUGAACGGAAUGAACUUCACCAGGUUUUGCAAGGACUGCGGCCUUUUGGAUGGUCCGAUGGACAGCGUCAUGGCGGACUUGAUCUUCUCAGACACCCGCGUGAAGGACCACGCGGCUCGAACCAUCGAUCCGCUCCAGUUCGAGUUCGCGUUGGAGAUCCUUGCUGAGAAGAAGCACUUAAAGCUGGCAGAGCUUCGGGCGAAGGUGCUCUUGCAGGGUGCGCCCAAGAAGCUCAUGGCUCACCACGAGGAUCAUCACCCGGAGGGCAAGCAGAGGCGGAACAGCUUCUCGGGCUUGGAUGAGACGCAGCUGCGCUCAGGUUACAAGAAGCCUCCGCGCUGCAGCAGCCAGAAACGCAUCGCCGCGCUCCUGAAGAGGAGCCAUGAGGUUCCGGGGCAAGAGUCCUGGCGACGGGAUGUGGACAACAGCCAGCUCUGGAAGGUCUUUGGUCUUCACACGGCUGCGGGGAGGAACCUGAAAAAGCUGUAUCAGCCGCCCCUGUCCGUGCCGCUCCCUGGGCGAAGUCGGUCCAGACUAGGCGAUAGCGACAAGGAGAACUUUCAGAACACCUGGUCCAGCCCCUUUCUCGCGACACGUGCAGGGCCAGGCGGCCGCCCCCCUGGUGCACCAAAGCUUGCCUGGUGAGCGGCGUGCCUCGCGCUGCUCACGAGCGAUUUGUCGCGUCCCGCGUGCGUCGACAGCCGCAGCGCUGCAGCGCUCGAAUGGACGGCGGACACAGCGAGAAGAGGCACAGCGAGAAUACCUGCAAGUUGGAGUGCCAAGCCUCUCAUUAGUGCGUGGGGGGAAGCUGACGAAGCUAGAGACCUUGCAGACCGAAACUGAUUCAGAGGACCUAUACCGCCAAGUCUCAUUGCUGGGCUUGGCAAGGAACAUUAUACUUGGAUCUUCCAAUGACG